GUUAGGGAAAGGGGAUCGGGGACUGACAGGUGUCUGACAGGACUGACAGUUACCAUACAGUCUAUGCGUGUUACGCACACGCUUGUUGUAACUUCCUGUUUCCGCCCCCGUGUGUAAAGCAGGAAGGUUUGUUUCGGUUGAGCCGGCGGCGCUCCAGACUGACCCGGCUCUGAAUGAGUCGCCAGCGGCCACCAGCAUGCUGCUGUUCCAGCUCCCGGAGGAAGUCCUCCACAACAUCUUCUCUUAUCUGGACUGCAAAUCCCUCGGUCGCCUCUGUCAAGUUUGUAAAGGCAUCAAUGAUUUCGUGAACACGGACGCGGUGUGGAGGAAGAUGGGCAAAGAUAUGUUAAACACCGGGAUUACGUGGAACGGCACGGAUUUAUAUCCUCACAUCCCUCUGAAGGAGAGAGUAAAGACAGCUCAAAACUGGGCCACUGGAGUCUGCAAAAAGUUCAUUCCCCUCAAAUGGAAAACCAAAUUAUUGCCAUGGUUACAGCUGGAUGGAGAUGUCCUCUUUCUAUCUCAGGCCACCGAUGUUGGACUGUAUCGUCUUCACCGCCAUUCAAGAAGGCUUCAGCAAACUGCAUUUAAGAUUUACUCUGGACAUAAGGGGGAUGUCUGUUGCUUCGUCCUCACUGACUCCCAUCUGAUCAGCGGAGGGAGUGAUGGCACCAUCCUGGUUCACAGUAGAAGAAGUGAUUUGUCAACGUUCCUGCUGGGUCACAGCCAAGAGGUUAAUUGCCUGGACGUUAAGGAUGGAGUAACUGUCAGUGGAUCAAGAGACCGCACAGUCCGG